CCAGUCUCUUUUAACUGAAGUAAUACAAACCCCAGAGGUCAAAAUUAUAGGAAUUGAAAGAAUAUGUUGAUACAUACAGCUUUGUAUCCCAAGAUUCACUGUACCCAGAAAGUGAAAUCAGUGAAUUCAUCUGUUUCUGAAAGCACAAUUUUAAAAGAUGUCCCCUUUCAUUCUCAAAUGCAAAAUGAGUUGAAUCAAUUGAAGAAAAGGGUUAUAGACCCUUUGAGUAGUAGUAACAAAUUUUGCUUUUGCUGCAGUAGAAGACACUUUAUGGCAGCACUAGGAGCAGCUGCUCUAUUGCCUAUUCAUCCUUCACAUGCUUCUGAUGUUUCAUCUCCUGCUGACCCCAUGGCAAUGUUGAAUAGGUUGCAUCCUCCUAGGCCUGAUUGGUACGAGGAGUUUUAUGCAACAGCCAUGAACACAAGUAUGAAAUCUUAUGAAGCUGAGAUUGAAGGUUACAAGUCAGAGCUUUUUGCUAAUCUGAGAGGUCAGGCCAAACAAAUCCUCGAAAUUGGCAUUGGGACAGGUCCAAAUUUGAAGUAUUAUGCCAGUGAGGAGGGCACUUCCGUUUAUGGCGUUGAUCCAAACAGGAAGAUGGAGAAAUAUGCACAAGCAGCAGCAGAGACUGCAGGCCUUCCAGCUGCGAAUUUCAAAUUCCUGCAUGCAGUUUCUGAGUCCUUGCCAUUACAUGAUGCUUCAGUUGAUGCUGUCAUUGGCACUCUUGUAUUAUGUUCUGUCGCAGAUGUUAAUCUGACACUGCAGGAGGUCAGAAGGGUGCUCAAGCCUGGUGGCAUUUACCUCUUUGUUGAACAUGUGGCUGCAGCAGAUGGCACAGCUCUCAGAUUUGUUCAGGGAUUGCUUGAUCCGUUGCAGCAGGCUGUCGCAGAUGGUUGUCAUUUUACCAGGAAAACAGGAAAGAACAUAUAUGAAGCCGGUUUCUCAAAUGUAGAUAGUCGUCAAGUCGUGCUAUCAACUGCCUCUCUGAUAAAUCCUCAUAUCAUUGGCAUAGCUCGCAACUAGAUAUAUCCAAGUGUUUACAAUGGUGUCUUUGUGAAUCUUUAGCUCAUGAUCUUGAACUUCUCCACAACAUAAGUGCCCCCGAACAACAAGGGCACAACAGUUACAGUAGAAUUAUGCAUCAUCAUUUACAAGUAAAGAGAUGAGUUUUUAUUCUUAUUUUGUAUAAUAACAUUGGCUUGAUUAAAAAGAGCGACAUGGUCAGUGAAGAUUCAUAUAGCCAACUCCUAACUUGUUCGAGAUUGAGGCGUAGCAGUAGUUGUUGUUGUUGUAUUUUUCCUGCAAAGAGAUCAAUCUUGUUCUUGACAUUGAGUUAUAUUUACUAGUUUGAUAGUGUCUUGAGUGAAAACAUCAGAUUUCACUGCACUUUGUUCAUAAUCUAUGCAUUGUGCAUAUCAGAAAUGUAUAUUUAAGGUUCAAAUACUCGCAAGAACAAAUUCAAGAAUGUUUCUUGAUAUGUUUUUGAGUUGAGUGAAUGCCCAUUUAUU